AUGAAAACUCAUUCGAAAAUCCCCAAGUUUACCGAAGAUCACUUCCCUAUUACCUCACUUUUACCCGGAUUACCCGACGAUGUCUCCAAAUUAUGCUUUGCACUUAUCCCUCGGGUCCACUUCCCUGCCAUGGCUGCCGUGAGCAAGCAUUGGAGGUCGUUUCUUAAAAGCAGAGAAUUCAUUACCGUUCGAAAACUUGCUGGGAAAGUCGAAGAGUGGCUUUACGUACUCACUGCGUACAGUGAAGAAAACCGUUGGGAGGUUUUGGAUCGUUCGGGUAAGAAACAGAGUCGAGUCCCGAAAAUGCCGGGUCCUGAUAAGUCGGGAUUUGGCGUCGUCGUUCUCAACGGGAAGUUGAUUGUCGUUGCCGGUUAUUGCUCGGCGGCCGAUGGUUCGAAAUCUGUCUCGAGAGAUGUUUACGAAUACGAUGCUUGCCUGAACAGCUGGCGCCAACUAGCCGUAACGAACGUCCCGCGCCACAACUUCGCCUGCGCGGUGGUCAACGGCGCGGUCCACGCAGUCGGAGGGCGUGGGGCCCACGGCGAGUCCCUGUCGAGCGCUGAGGUGUACGACCCUGAAUCCAACAGGUGGACGGUGAUCGAGCCACUGAGGCGGCCUCGUUGGGGAAGCUUCGCGUGUGGGGUCGGGGGAAAGCUUUACAUGAUGGGCGGGAGGUCGAGCUUCAGUAUCGGGAAUUCGAGGGUAAUCGACGUUUACGACCCUAAAACGGGCACAUGGAGCCAGAUGAAAAACGGGUGUGUCAUGGUGACGUCACACGCAGUGCUCGGGAGCAAGAUUUGCUGCAUGGAGUGGAAAAACGAGCGCAGGCUAGCGAUUUUCGACCCUGAAGAGGAGAGUCCUUGGAAGAUGGUCUCGGUUCCUGUGACGGGGAGCACAAGCGUCGGGUUUCAUUUCGGGGUGUUAAAUGGAGAGCUCUUGUUGUUUUCGUUACAAGGAGAUGCUUGUAACCGCACGUUGGCUUACGACCCGGAUGUGGGCCCGGGCUCCGAGUGGCGGGCUUCCGAGAUAAAGCCGACGGGCUUGUGUCUUUGUACCGUUACAAUUGAAGCUUGA